CCUCCGAAGACAGAGGCGAAGGCUAAAGCGUUGAAGGCCAAGAAGGCCGUCUUGAAGGGGGUCCACAGCCACAAGAAGAAGAAGAUCCGCACGUCGCCCACCUUCCGCAGGCCCAAGACACUGCGACUGCGACGGCAGCCCAAGUACCCCAAAAACCCACGGAGAAACAAGUUGGACCAUUACGCCAUUAUCAAAUUCCCUUUGACCACAGAGUCUGCAAUGAAGAAGAUAGAGGAUAACAAUACUCUGGUUUUCAUCGUUGAUGUUAAGGCAAACAAGCACCAGAUCAAGCAGGCUGUCAAGAAGCUGUACGAUAUCGAUGUGGCCAAGGUCAACACACUGAUUAGGCCUGAUGGAGAGAAGAAGGCUUACGUCCGACUGGCUCCAGAUUAUGAUGCGCUGGAUGUUGCCAACAAGAUUGGAAUCAUCUAAACUGCAUCUACCGAGGACUGUACAGACAGGAUAAUAAACCCUGUGACACCA